CUGAGGGUUAAGGACAGAGGAUGUCACACCCUGUUAAAGCCCUAUGAGAUGAAUUGUAAUUUGUGAAUAUGGGCUAUACAAAUUUGAUUUGAUUGAUUGAUUGAUUGAUUGAUUGAUUGAUCCCCAGGUUCAAAUCUGUCUGAGUAGAAGACUAUCAGAUGGGAUUUCCAUAUUCACUGCAGAGUUAAUUGCUUUAUUGUGGGGGCUUUGCUGGGUGGAAGAUGGAGAAUGGGAUCAAGUUGUACUUUGCACAGAUUCCUUAUCUGCCCUAGUCACAUUGGUGGGGGGAGAGGGAAAAAGAGCUCGGCCAGAUAUAGUUGGGGAGCUUUUAAUGUGGUCUCUUAACUGGAGAGGCUGGGAAGUAGCGUGUUUUUUUAAUGGGUGCCAGCACAUGUUGGGGUCGAGGGCAUGAGGUGGCAGAUAGGACAGCAAAAGCAAGUUUAGGCAGAAAUACAAUAGAUAUAGAAGGGCCACUUGGAAGGAUGCAUCAUCGUCGUAGCAUCAUUAUUGAAAGGCUGAAUCAGAUAUGGUAACAAGAGUGGGAUGUGGGAUCAGAGGAAGAAAGCAUUAUAACAUCCAAGCAACAGUUAAACCUGUCAAUAAAGUAUCAAAGCCACAAAUAGACAAACUCAAAUUCAAGGUAAAGGAAAUUGUGACACCUGUGGAGUCCUGGUGUCUGUCCAACAUUCUGAUGUAUUGUCCACUCUAUGCCAAAGAAAGGAGGGAGCUUUUUGUAGAAAUAGGCAAACAGGGUACCAACAUUUUCUCUGUAAAACACUGCUUGGUGAUGGGAUAUACAAUAAGGUGGGGAAGUCACUUCCUUAAAACUACAAAUUGAUAUAGCAAGAUAUAAACUGAGGGCAUUAACUGCAGUGAUGUUUCCCUACCGCUAGGAGGCAGCAAUUAGUUUGCCUGGAAGAAGAACAAGAAGAAGAAGAAGGAGAAGGAGAAGGAAGUAGAAGAAGAAGGUGCCUUGUUAAACAACAGGUUAUUGUUUCACCUGCACUGACUGCAGAGAUACAAGAUGAGUGGUGCCAACAUGGACACGCGCACACUCUGCCUCUUUGAUGUUGACGGAACUCUUACUGCCGCAAGACAGCUUGUGACCCCUGACAUGAAGAAGUUCCUUGACAACCUAAAGACUCGGGUUCGAGUUGGAGUGGUAGGAGGGUCAGACCUCAGCAAGAUCAAGGAGCAGCUUGGAGAUGAUGUGAUCCAGAGAGUGGACUAUGUGUUUGCUGAGAAUGGCCUUGUGGCCUAUGGAAAUGGGCAGUUACUUUCUAUCCAGUCCAUCCAGGUCCACAUGGGAGAAGAGCUACUGCAAGAUUUUAUCAACUUCUGUCUCAAUUACAUGGCCAAGAUCAAACUGCCUAAGAAGAGGGGGACAUUUAUUGAAUUUCGUAACGGCAUGUUGAACGUCUCCCCGAUUGGACGCAGCUGUACGCAGGAAGAGAGGAAAGAAUUCUAUGAGCUUGACCAGACAGAGAAAAUCAGAGAGAAGUUUGUGUCCGUAUUAAAAGAGGAGUUCAAAGGAAAAGGGCUCUCGUUUUCAAUUGGGGGGCAGAUCAGCUUUGAUGUGUUUCCUGAUGGCUGGGAUAAGAGGUACUGUCUCGGGAUUGUUGAGAAAGACAACUUCUCAACCAUUCACUUCUUUGGAGACAAGACCAAACCUGGAGGAAAUGACUACGAGAUCUACGCUGACCCUCGGACCAUUGGCCAUGAAGUCUCGUGUCCAGAGGAAACACGACAGCUCUGUCAGAAGCUUUUCUUUAUAUGAGAGAGAAGUGAUAGGACAGAUUUUAUGAUAUUUUUUAUGUUGGAUAAACAUUUUUUAGUAUAAUGAUCCAUUGUAGCUUGGAUUUGUCAUCCUGUGUACUUCUUGCUAAUAUUAUCUGACUCUGAAUCUGAUAUUAUCCAAAACCCAACUCCCAUCUGACCCACUGUGACUUAGUGACAUUUACCCUGACGAAAAAUGUCGUUGUAUCGUGUGCUGUGAUCACGGAAUGCUCUGAGGAAAGACCAGCUGGUCACACGUCUCUAUUUAGUCCAUCAAAUGUUUUUGCUGAAGCACAAAUGCCCUUUCCCCUUUUUUUUUUUGUUAACUAUUUUCAUUGGUUUCAUUCUCCUUUUUUUCCCAGCCAUGUUUAUUGUCACUCGUCACACCAUGUAGACUGUAAUACAUAUUUCCUGUGUACUCGCUGAUUUGUCUUCUACAUGUUAUAGAAAAGCACAGAUACAUAUAAACUUUUUGGGAUUGUGUUGUAGUGGUUAGCAGAACAGUAAACCUUUUCUUUAUUGUUAUGGAAAUGACACCAGUUAGAGGUUGACUGACUGAGACUACACUUUAGAGAAGAAAAAAAAGGAAUUAAAGCAUCAUUGGGCUAUUUUACCAGAGUAGACAGUACUGGAUGAAUCCAACAACAGGAUAAAGGCAUAUAUAAGAUGUAUAACAUUAAGUAAUUUAUAGAUAAUAUAUUAUGGCACCUUACUUAAGAAUUCUGCAAAUGUAUCUGAAAAGCAAUAAUGUUUGCAUCAUAUGUUGUGAUGUUUCCACCUGGUAAAUAACUUGUAAAAAGAUGAUGCUGUAAAAGAUGUGAACUUUAUGAAAAAUAAAUAAAGACAGACUUACAAUGUAUCGAUCUUAGCUGAUGCUGAUCAA